UAGGACUACUGGGUCAACCUUGGCGAGGAGUGGACGUCUGAACAGCUGUUCCGCCUGGACGCCGCCGGUUAACACAACAUUAUUUGUCCUUUGGGUCGCCAUACCGCUGUCUGGCAUUCCUCUUCAACAGCCCGCUUUUGACACCUGACGCUCUUAUCACCAGGGGUCUCAGGGAAGAUGAUAGAUAUUUUGUUUUCCUGUUUUCUGGCUGGUACUUCGGGAGGGGAGUUGCCCGUCGGUGUCUUGGCCGAUAGGUGCCGGGUCUUGGUGGGCUCCUCAUGUUCCCACAGGGGUGGUGACAGCUGGUCAUUGCUCUGCUGGUGGGUCACUGGAAGAUGAAAUUUUGCACAUUUGGUUUAGAGUAUUGGGGGCUUUCGUGCCUUCGGGUCGUUUGGCUUUGACUUAUUCGGGUACCCACUGGUGUGGGUACUGGGGGUCCCCGGGUGUGGAUAGACUGUUUUCCAGUUGGCUCUGUGUUGGGUGCGUACUGACUCUUGGUCUCCUGUGGGACGACUGUGUUUCACUGAGCCCCUGCCAUGUGGUGCAUUUUGCAGUUCUUUGCAGGAGGGUGCAGUAAUUUUUUUAUUUUCUUUACCCCGCUGUUUAGCCUCCUUGCUUCUGAGUUUUUCCCCAACUCAUGGGAACAUUGGGAUGCAUAUGGCCCUGUGCUAUAGCCAUCCCUAACUCUACAACAACAUACUCUGGGGAGAGUUGUUUACUGGUACUGGUCUGCUACACACUUCGAAAUCUACUCUUCCCAGCCAUCCGGGUUGGACAGUUUUAUUCUUUUGUAUGGUACUGCUUUUGUGGAUACCUAGAGUAUCUCCAGCUUCUCUACCCUCUCUCAACUCCCCAGUGCUGGCCUCAGGUGGCCUUGGUUCCCAGUUGAUCACCUGAUCAACUUUAAUCCCUCACUAAGGGAUUAAACGAUGACCACCCUUAAACCAGGUCCCUAUCAAAAGGUGACUCCUCCAGACAAAAAAGACACCAAGGAAAAUCUGGGUAAAUAGCUCUGCUAGACUUAAUCAGCUGUGAAUAUAUAACUAAUUUCUUAUUUAGCAUAUUAAUUGUAAGUACUUUACUUUCAGCUAGUUAGUACUGUAGCUUUCAGCUACAGUAUAUAAAAAUUUUAAGCUAGUUACUACACAAAGGCUUGUGGUGUUCACAGAUACCUCAAAUUAAAAUGGAUUUGAGGUCAUCUCAAGAGUGUGACUUGUGGGCUCAGCAUAUACCUCUGCCACAUUUAUUAGAUGUGACUGUCCAGGUGCUGGAAAAUUGUGAUAAGAAAAGUGCUCUGUCAUCAAACUAUUUGGAAGAUAUUCUUCCAAACUUGUGCUUUGCAUUGCCUCAUAAUUCUAAGGGAUGUUCCCAGCUUCUCCAGUCACUUCCCCUAAGUAGUACAGUAUGGAAUAAGCUUGAAGAAGGGUUGUCUAACAAGAAAUAUCUCCCUAUAGAAGUUAGUGUCAUGCUCUACAAACAGCAUCCCUCUUCACUAGAAAGAGAAAUGCUGCGUGUUCUCACUCAGUAUGCAGCUGUGUACAAAGGCGAUUGGUGCAACGAUGUAACAUUAAGCAUAGCUUACUUCAAAUCACAUGGUGAAUCUUUUGGCGAAGAUUCAUCUCGUGACAUUCAGACAAAUAGAACACAGCCUGACAGUAAAAGUCAGUCACAAUGUAAUAAAAUUAAUUUUUGGGCAAACUCUCCUGUGAUAUGUGCAGCAGCUCAUAGCCAUUCUGUAUUUACCUUAGGUUUAAAGAUUCUUUUUAAAAUUGUUGCAGAGACCAAUUAUUCACUAAGUUGUAUAUUUGGAUGCAGAGACUAUUUUGCAGAACUUUUAAUUAAAGUGAACAGAGAAUUAUAUGAAUUCUUCCCUACAGAUAUGCAGCAUUUUGUUUACCUAUUAACAUUACCAGUAACUACUGGGCAAGGAGCAAAAUAUUUUCAAAAUUAUUCACAGUUAUUCGUUGUUCAGAGUGCGUUGUUAAAAGCUCUAGAGAGGGGUGGUGAUAGUGCCGCUACUAUUCGCACCUUAUUGUGUUUCUUCCCAUAUUGGCUACCAGUACUUUACCAAAAUCAGUUUUGGGACAAAUAUUUAAAACAAGAGUGGUGUGAGCUUCCAAAUAUUUCAUGAAGACAUAAUUAAAUAAUUCCAUAUCUAUAUUACAAUAAUUUAUUGUGUGCUGUAAAUGGUUAAUAAUCAUGCUUUUCUUGAUGCUUCCCAUUUGUAUGCUACAGAUUUUAUUCUUUGGUUUGAAGAAGCAGUUCAUAUCGUAAAGAUAGAAGCUCUUGCUAAAAACAAAUUAUAAUGGGUACUCACUUAAGAGGCCCAAUUCAUAUUUUUAGCAUUUUUACUAUUAUUAUUAUUGCCAUUAGCCUAGAUUAUUAGCUAUAUUUUGAGCUUAAUUUGAAGGCAAUUGGUAUUUGUACAAUUUUUCUCUUAAAGCUAUAUAGAUUACAGUAGAUUACAGUACUGUACAGUAUAUACAAGUCAUAUGGGAAGUUAUGUACAACGUAAGCUAUUAGACACCCAACCUAUACAUCUGAAAAUAAAGGGAGUGACUAUUUCAGUCCAGGAUGGAUCAAAAGAUUGCCAAUUCCUUCAUUUUUAAUUGUGGGUUGGGUGUCUAAUUUUCUGCCACGUUAUUGUGAUUUAGUGUCCGCAAAGUGAUUUAUAUAAUUAAAACGGAUACUGUUGAGGAUUUUUGUUAGGACACUUCAACUCUCGAACCCCAGUUCUUUUAUUUUUAUUCCUAGACUAAAAGUUGUUAAUUUGAUUAAAUUUGAAAUGUAAUUAUAAACAACAGGGGGCAUUACAAUUCUCUAAGAGGUACUAGUAUUUUGAAAAACACUUUUGUUAAUAAUGAGAUUUUUUUGAAUAAAAAUAUUAAAAUUAA